UUUAGCAGGACAUCAGCUGUGUAUGUAUCGUGAGUUAAAUUUGUUAUGCGCGUAUUUGUAAUAAAUGUUCUUGGAACCAACCUCCAGUGCGGUUACACUUUUGAGAGACGGACACGCCACUGGACACAUCGCCUUACAAGAGCAGUGGACCUAUUACGAGGGCCUUCACGAUUGUCACUAAAACCAUGUCAACUGGUGGUGUGUGACCGCGUGUUAUGGACCUGCAAAUCCGACUCGCGUGCGUAGAAUCUUUUUAACAGGAGUUUUUUUUUUUGUAGGCUAUGUAUUUCUGCUUAAGUGGUUAGUUUAAAGUGUCGAAUAUAUCAAUCUGUAUUGUCACUGGAGCGGUCCGUCUUUGCAAAGAUUUAAGCAUGGUUGCUCUGCAAUCCGCGGUUGGAGACUAAUUCCAAAGUUCAUUUUCGAUUACUGAUAUUCAAGACAUUAACUGGAAUGGAAUUUUUAUGGAUAGUGUUCCUCUUAUUUCAUGGUUUAUUGAUGUCGGAUUGCGCACGAGGUCCUCCUCGGGUAGCUGAGAAGGUCAUUCAUCGUCAGUCGGUGCGUGUUGGUCGCACCAUGAAGCUGCUGUGUCCAGUUGAAGGCGAUCCACCCCCUCUCAUCAUGUGGACCAAGGAUGGGAGGAAUAUCCACAGUGGGUGGAUGCGUUUUCGUGUCCUGCAGCAGGCCCUGAAGAUCAAGGAGGUGGAAGCAGAAGAUGCUGGGACAUUCAUUUGUAAGGCCACUAAUGGCUUCGGCAGCAUCAAUAUCAACUAUACACUCAUCGUCAUUGAAGACUCCAGCACAGGGAAGGAAACACCAAGUACAGUGGGAAGCUUGGACUACUCAACUCAACUGGCAGGGAAACAGGUACGACCCAGGUUUACCCAGCCAACAAAAAUGCGCAAACGGGUGAUUGCAAGGCCUGUUGGGAGUUCGGUACGGCUCAAGUGUGCUGCUAACGGGAACCCACGGCCAGAAAUCAUGUGGCUAAAAGACAGCAAACCUUUAACCCCUGAGGAGAUUGGUGAAGGCCGGAAGAAGAAGUGGACCCUCAGUCUGAAGAACCUUACCCCAGAACAUAGUGGCAAGUACACGUGCCAUGUAUCAAAUGGUGCUGGGGAGAUCAAUGCCACCUACAAAGUGGAAGUCAUACAGCGAACAAACUCCAAGCCCAUUUUGACUGGUACACAUCCAGUGAACACCACUGUAUCCUACGGUGGGACCACGUCUUUCCAGUGUAAAGUCCGCAGUGAUGUCAAGCCAGUCAUCCAGUGGUUGAAGAGGGUCGAGCCUGGUGAUGAGAGCAAAUAUAAUUCCACCAUUGAAGUUGGUGAUCAUCGCUUUGUUGUGCUGCCCACUGGUGAAGUGUGGUCUCGACCAGAUGGCUCCUACUUGAACAAGUUACUCAUCACCCGUGCAAAAGAGGAAGAUGCGGGCAUGUAUAUUUGCCUUGGUGCCAAUACCAUGGGCUACAGUUUUCGCAGUGCAUACCUUACAGUGUUACCUGACCCCAGCCCUCAUCACUAUACUAUUCCCACGGCGAUGUCCCCCAGCCUACCCUGGCCCGUCAUCAUCGGCAUCCCUGCUGGAGUGGUCUUCAUUCUUGGUACGAUCCUCCUUUGGCUUUGCCAAUCCAAAAAACAAUGUUCCCCCGGCACCACUGACACAAACCAGGUAAUGCCAAAUCAGAAUCGCCAACCUCCCCGCGACUGGGGUCCAUGUACAUUGUCUGCCAGUGACAAGGAACAGCUGGGCUCCUUUAGUUAUGAGGAGUACGUGGCCCAGCAACAGCAAUGUCUAUUGCCCCAAGGAGGUGCACCUAAAGUCUACCCAAAGAUCUACACGGAUAUCCACACACAUACUCACUCACAUGUCGAUGGUAAAGUACAUCAGCACCAGCAUAUCCAUUAUCAGUGUUAAGCAUCCUGAGGCCAACCUCACUCUAAAAUGUUGCACUGUGUUGAAGAAAUCACCGACUGACUGAAGCUACAGACAUGUUGUUCUAUCAUUUCAUCCAGUAAUUCAGUCAUUUCCAACUUGCUCUCAUCUGUAACCAUCUGAUCAAGACCUACAAUCAUUGACAUCUGGAGAAUAUUUCAUAGAUGACAUCAAGACAAGCAAAAGACAAGCAAAAUAUAGCAAAACGGAAUGAAUGGAUGGAAUGACUUUUCCUGGCAAUCCACUCCAAAAGUACAAUAACUGGAAUAAAUGAAUGUAUAGUAUUGCCAAUUCUUCACAAGUUGCAUAAUGGAUACCACAGAGGUUCAUUUACUUUCUUAUCACUAUUAAUAACCAUUAUGCUUUAUGAGGACUUGAGUACAAUCAUUUCUGGUUUUCCCAGGAAAUCUGUGAUGCAGUUCACAUAAGCUGAAUAAUGACUGUUGACCUACAAAACGCCGCUUUUACCCAGAACAUUGGCAGCUUGCAGUAUGGAUACUUCACAUUGUACACAUUACCGUCUACCACAGUACUUCUGAUAUUGUAAUAUUCUUGAAAACGUGUUUGGUUUAGAAGAGUAAUGAUGAGUCAUGGUUCGUGUCAGUACUAAUAAUGCUGAGAUGAAUGACUUGCAUUAGCCUACAUUAUUUUUUCUUAUAGAGUUACAGUUUCCCUUUAUGUUCUUUACACUUCCAGAGGAAAACUUGCAUGUAGCCUAUAAACAGUGGCUAUUGGACCAGAUGCUACAAUAGUAAUGUUUCUGC